GUGUGAGCCAGCAGAGCUGCCUGUGUGUUUACAUGUCAGCCUAUCAGUGCUGCCGGAUUUAGCGCAUCUGGAGAGGAACGAGGCUUCUCUCAAAUGCCCCUCAGACAAGGGGGAUUCUCAGCGCUGCACACAUCCCUCUUCCCCCGUCUGAAUCCAGCCUGUCGUGAAUCCUGCAUCCCUGUCUCCAUGCUUUCGGAGGCAUUUUGAAUUUCCUUCGCAACAUGGAGCUGCCUGAAUUAGAAUUCUCUGCAUGACAGUCCUGGUACGCAAUAGGAUGGUGUUUGGCGAGGCAGGAGGGCACAGCUACUUGGUGGCAUGCUGGCAGCCCAUCCUUAUCCUCAUGCUGGGCACCGUCCUCUCUGGCUCCACCACCGGUUGCCCCUCCCGAUGUGAGUGCAACGGUCAGGAGCGUUCAGUCGCGUGCAAUCGACGGAGACUGGCAACUCUUCCUGAGGGCAUCCCCACAGAGACUAGGCUGCUAGACCUUAGCAAGAACCGUCUGAAAACACUGGGGCCCGAGGAGUUCAUUAAUUACCCUCAACUGGAGGAGCUGCAACUCAACGAAAACAUUAUUUCGUCCAUUGAGCCAGGGGCUUUUGGCAAUCUCAAUAACCUUCGAACUCUAGGAUUGCGUAACAACCAGCUAAAGCUCAUUCAGCUGGGGGUGUUCACAGGCCUGACCAACCUCACCCAGCUUGAUAUAAGUGAAAACAAAAUUGUCAUUCUGCUCGACUACAUGUUCCAGGAGCUCUACAACCUGAGGGCUCUGGAGGUAGGCGACAAUGACCUGGUAUUCAUCUCACCCCGAUCAUUUCAUGGCCUAAGCAACCUUGAAAGCCUCAACAUUGAGGGACGCAAUCUGGCCUCAGUGCCCACUGAUGCCCUGAGCCAUCUGCAUAACAUCUUGUCACUUCAAUUACGCUAUCUCAACGUCACCGUCAUGAGGGAUUACUCCUUUAAAAGGCUCUAUCGACUCAGAGUGCUGGAGAUUUCUCAAAUGCCUGCCUUGGAUACCAUGACCGCAAAAUGCUUGUAUGGACUCAACCUCACAUCAUUGUCCAUCACAAACUGUAAUCUUACGGUCAUCCCCUACCAAGCCAUCAGUCACCUAAGGCAUCUCCGGUUUUUGAAUCUGUCUUUCAAUCCCAUUCAUACCGUGGAGGGAAACAAACUGUUCAAUCUGCAGAAGCUCCAAGCUUUUCAUUUGGCCGGUGGAAGAUUAGCUGCCAUUGAACCCUACUCAUUCCGAGGGCUCAACCACCUCCGUGUACUCAAUGUGUCCAGCAACAGCCUGAACACCCUAGAGGAGUCUGUCUUCCACUCAGUGGGAAACCUGGAGACUCUGGCUUUGUAUGACAACCCGUUGGCCUGUGACUGUCGCCUGCUCUGGGUCUUUCGCCGGCGGUGGAGGCUCAACUUUAACAGACAACAGCCCGUGUGUGCAUCACCUGACGUUGUUCAAGGGAAAGAGUUCAAAGAUUUCCCAGACAUUCUCCCAUCCGACUAUUUCAUCUGCCAGAAAUCAAAGAUAAUGGAUUAUAAGGUUCAAGUAAGCCAUGUAGAUGAAGGAACUACGGUUAAUUUCGCUUGCAAAGCUGAGGGAAAUCCAGGCCCUGUGAUAAUGUGGCUCUCCCCUAAGAAGAAUUACAUCACUACCAAAUCUGCAGUGUCAAGACUUUCUGUGUCUAAUGAGGGCACACUGGAGGUGCGUUACGCCCAAAUCCAAGACAACGGCACCUACUUGUGCAUUGCAAGCAAUGCAGCAGGCAAUGACACCAAAGCUGCUCACCUUUUUGUGCAUAGCUACUCCCCCAAUUGGCCCCAACAGUCAAAUAAGUCAUUUGCCUUCAUUUCCAACCAGCCAAGCGAUGAAGGCGCUAAUGUGACCCGGGCCACCAUUCAAUUUCCGUUUGACGUUAAGACACUUAUAAUUGCAACCACCAUGGGAUUUAUCUCUUUCCUUGGAGUUGUUCUCUUCUGUCUUGUAAUAUUAUUCCUCUGGAGUCGUGGGAAAAACAAUAUCAAGUCGAGUAUAGAGGUUGAAUAUGUGCCACGUAAAGAGGAACCAGAGGAGGCCAGUCCAACUGAGGAACCCAUACAAUUCAACAUGAAGAUCAUGUGAACCUCAAAUGGAGAAGCUUACAAACAGCAAUCGGGAUUCAUACCACCUUUGCUUCAAAUAUGUACUCAGUUAGUGAGCAAUAUAAAUUGCACAGCAGCAAACGCAUCUUGACAAAAGACCCUUGAAUCUUUCUUUUUUUUUACUACAUGGACUGAAACUUUAAAAGCAAAUGUUGAACUUCAAAUAUUCAAAUUUCUGUAUAUAUGUAUUGGCAAUACUUUAUCAGUAUGUUAACAUGCACUCAACAUAUUCCUUUGUCAAACUAAAUGAGUGAAAUAGUUGGAAAAAGCACAUGGAUCACAGUAGAUGGAUUGGCAAAAAAUGAUAUGUGGGUUUGUGUCUGGAAGGAUGUGGACAUUAGUCUGCAGAUACGGUCUAAUUAUAAGAAAAACUAUUAUAAUUACACAAUAAGAGAAAGAUAUUUUUGUUAUGAUCUUGUUGCCAUGUUUCGCUGUUAUACAUAUGUACAAAGCACAAUAACCGAUGAGAACCUAAGUUCAGUUGCUUAUUAAAAAUGUGAAAGGAAUUUUUGCCAUUUCACAUAGUCCCAUUAUAAGCAAUUGAUAAGUAUGACAUGAGUAUCAUAUCUAUUUUCAAAAGAUAAAUAGAAAAAGGUAACAGGUUGAUAAUAAAGUUAUUUUGUGAGAGAAUAUAGAUGUACUUUCAAUGAAGAAGUCAUGAAAUUGCCAAGAUCAACGUUAAACUUUGAGAAAGAAAAAAUCUGCAUUGCAAGAUCGCAGAUUUGGAAAUAAGUUUGUAAUGUUGAGCAAAUAAUAACUUGUUAUUUAAGAAAAUAUCUGUUAAAAACAAUAUGAUGGUGGAUUAGAAGGACACUUUCUAACCACCCUGCAGGUCUUUUAGAGCAGUAAAUGAUGCCUUUAACAUCAUUAUUUUGUGUUCUGAUUUUUUCCAUUCAACUUGGCAUGUU